AUGAAACCUGAAUAAUUAAAUCAAUAUUUAUGGAAAGAAGCGGAAAAAGAAUUUGAAGAAGCUCAAACUCUAGCUGAUAAUUAUGAUGCAAUAAUAGAAGGCAAAUAAUAAUAUGAAAAAACUAAAUUAGAUGAAUAAUUAGCAGAAUUAUAAGAAAAAGUAAUGGACUUAGAUGGAGAAUUGUAUAUGAUAAAUGAUUCUUAUUCUAAUUUCAAAAAUAAAAUUGAUAAAGAAAACUAAAAAAAUAAAAAUUUUGUUCUUUCAAAAUUCACUAAGGAUGUUUUAGAAGUAUAGGAUAAUUUAUUAAGGUCUUUAGAAGCUUUUUAAAAACACGAAGAUAUAAAUAAUGAAGUAUAUUAAGAUGUAAAAGAUACUGCGCAAUAAUUAGUAUAAAAUCUUGCCUUUUUUGGAAUACUCUAAAUAAAUCCUGCUUAAGGAGAAAAAUUCGACCCUAAUUUACAUGAUGCACUUUGUAAUGUCCCUGAUAACACUCAAGAAAGUGGAACUGUUGCUUUUGUUGGAUAAAUAGGAUAUAAAAUUAAUGAAAGAAUAAUAAGACCUGCUAAAGUUGGUGUUUAUUCUAAAUAAUGA